UGCGCGUACGUGGGGAUGGCGUCGUUCGCGGUGUCCGGCGCCACGCUGGGGGUCGUGCGGGCCGGCUCGUCGGCGCGAUCCGGCGCCGAGCGGAGGGGCGGGGUGGUGGACUCGCCGCCGCUGCCGCUGCUCUUCAGGAAGAAGGACUCCUCCUCGCGCGCCGUUCUGAGCUGCGCGGGCGCUACUGGCAAGGUGCUGGUGCCUGGCGGUGGGAGUGACGACUUGCUCACCACCGACGAACCCGCCGCGGCCGGGCCAGCGGAGCCUGAAGAAGAAGAAGAAGAAUCACAGACGCCUGAAGAUAUGGACCAAACGGCUGAAGCAAACACAGCAGGUGGGGCUGCAGACGAACCUGAAUCACCAGAACCGACGCAGGGUAUUGUGGAAACAGUCACUGAUGCUGUAACUGAAGGAGUUGAAGAGUUAGUCGUGGAGGAGGAGAAACCAAGAGUUAUCCCGAAACCAGGAGAUGGGCAGAAGAUAUACAAGAUCGACCCAAUGCUAGAAGAUUUUCGCAGCCACCUUGACUACCGAUACAGCGAAUACAAGAGAAUACGUGCUGCUAUUGACCAACAUGAAGGUGGCUUGGAUGCAUUUUCUCGUGGUUAUGAAAAACUUGGAUUUACCCGCAAUGCUGAAGGUAUUACAUACCGAGAAUGGGCUCCUGGAGCACAGUCUGCAGCAUUAGUAGGAGACUUCAACAAUUGGAAUUCAAAUGCAGAUACUAUGACCAGAAAUGAAUAUGGUGUUUGGGAGAUUUUCCUCCCUAACAAUACUGAUGGAUCGCCAGCUAUUCCUCAUGGCUCGCGUGUAAAGAUACGGAUGGAUACACCAUCUGGCGUGAAGGAUUCGAUUUCUGCUUGGAUCAAGUUCUCUGUGCAGGCUCCAGGUGAAAUACCAUAUAAUGGCAUAUAUUAUGAUCCACCUGAAGAGGAGAAAUUUGUAUUCCAACAUCCUCAACCUAAACAACCAAAGUCACUCAGGAUAUACGAAUCACACAUUGGAAUGAGCAGCCCGGAACCGAAGAUAAACACAUAUGCUAAUUUUAGGGAUGAGGUGCUGCCAAGAAUUAAAAAGCUUGGAUAUAAUGCAGUGCAGAUAAUGGCAAUCCAGGAGCACUCAUAUUAUGCAAGCUUUGGGUACCACGUUACUAAUUUUUUUGCGCCAAGUAGCCGUUUUGGCACUCCGGAGGACUUAAAAUCCUUGAUUGAUAGAGCACACGAACUUGGUUUGCUUGUUCUUAUGGAUAUUGUUCACAGUCACUCAUCAAAUAAUACCUUGGAUGGUUUGAAUGGUUUCGAUGGCACUGAUACACAUUACUUCCAUGGUGGUCCACGUGGCCAUCAUUGGAUGUGGGAUUCUCGUCUGUUCAACUAUGGGAGUUGGGAAGUUUUAAGAUUUUUACUCUCAAAUGCAAGAUGGUGGCUUGAAGAAUACAAGUUUGAUGGAUUUCGAUUUGAUGGGGUGACCUCCAUGAUGUAUACUCACCAUGGAUUACAAGUGACAUUUACGGGGAACUAUGGCGAGUAUUUCGGAUUUGCCACAGAUGUUGAUGCCGUAGUUUACUUAAUGCUGGUGAACGAUCUAAUUCACGGACUUUAUCCUGAUGCUGUAGCCAUUGGUGAAGAUGUCAGCGGAAUGCCUACAUUUUGCAUCCCUGUUCAAGAUGGUGGUGUUGGUUUUGACUAUCGCCUGCAUAUGGCUGUAGCAGAUAAAUGGAUUGAACUCCUCAAGCAAAGUGAUGAAUCUUGGAAAAUGGGAGAUAUUGUGCACACCCUAACAAAUAGAAGGUGGGCAGAGAAGUGCGUCACUUACGCAGAAAGUCAUGAUCAAGCACUAGUUGGUGACAAGACUAUAGCCUUCUGGUUGAUGGAUAAGGAUAUGUAUGAUUUCAUGGCUCUGGACAGACCUUCAACACCUCGCAUUGAUCGUGGCAUAGCACUACAUAAAAUGAUUAGGCUUGUCACCAUGGGUUUAGGGGGUGAAGGUUAUCUUAACUUCAUGGGAAAUGAGUUUGGGCAUCCUGAAUGGAUAGAUUUUCCAAGAGGUCCGCAGGUUCUUCCAAACGGCUCAGUCCUCCCUGGAAAUAACAAUAGUUAUGAUAAAUGCCGCCGUAGAUUUGAUCUUGGAGAUGCGGAUUUUCUUAGAUAUCAUGGUAUGCAAGAGUUCGAUCAGGCAAUGCAUCAUCUUGAAGAAAGAUAUGGGUUCAUGACAUCUGAGCACCAGUAUGUUUCACGGAAACACGAGGAAGAUAAGGUGAUCAUCUUCGAGAGAGGAGAUUUGGUAUUUGUUUUCAAUUUCCACUGGAGCAAUAGCUUUUUUGACUACCGUGUUGGCUGUUCCAAGCCUGGGAAGUACAAGGUGGCCUUAGACUCUGACGAUGGACUCUUCGGUGGGUUCAGCAGGCUGGAUCAUGGCGUUGAUUACUUCACAACCGAACAUCCGCAUGACAACAGGCCACGUUCUUUCUCUGUGUACGCGCCAAGCAGAACAGCGGUUGUGUAUGCCCUUACAGAGUAGAACCAGCAGCAGUUUGUUAUGGAAACAACUCUAGAGAGCUUGUGGUGCGAUGACACCUGUCUAAUGCAACCAAGUCGAGGCUGCUCCGACGCUGUGAUUUGGAGGGGCUUGUUCUUCUUCACUGGAUCAAGGAAAGAUCAUUGGGGUAGAUAGCUUACUAGUCAGCUCUUGUUCUGGAGUUACUUGCGAAAGAAAAAUGGACGGCCUAGGUGACGUUUUCUCGUGUUGCAGUGAACCCUAUUUUGCACAUUCCCUGUGGUUUUUGUACAUAAUGAUAGGCCUUUGGUGUA